ACAAUCCCUACUGUUUUCGGGAACGGUAGGUCAAAAGUCAAGGUCGCAGUGACCUCCAGACUGAAAACUUUUCAUACUCAGUAAGUGUUUGGCCUAUAACUGUUAAAUUUUAUAGUACGCUUGUCUGUGUUUUGGGAGUUAGUAGGCAAACGGCCGCGAUAAAUGUUUCCGCCCAAUAACUGAAAAUGAUUGGGCCUACAGCAGUUACACUUAGCAGAAUAAUUGUUUGUGGGCAGUAGAUGAUCGUUAUAGGUUAUAGUAAGUAGGCGAAAGGUUAAAUUCACUUUAAUUUUGAAACUAAAACAGUUUCUGAUUAUUAGCUGUAGAAUGUUUGGACCUUUCGUUAUCAGACUUGCCUUUGGCCAAUACACCCCCCUCAGAAGGUCAAAGGUCAAUUAUGUACCUCUGAUAGGCCGAUAAGGGAGUCAGAUUUGUUUAACAAGUAGCUCUUGCAUAAAAGGUGUUAUGCGUAUAGAUUGGUUGUAGUCUUAUUGCUAUUUGAUAUUGCAGUGGCCAUUCAAAUGAUUCUGUAAUGGUGGUUGUCAAUUUUUAUCUUCAAACAAUGCAUUUAAAUCAUAAAAAUCUUAUACAAAAGUUUCUGCUUUAACAUUAUAGUCUAAAAUCUUGGUCUAGUAGCGCUUUAUGCUAAUAAAAACCCAUUUUCACUGAGGUUUUUAUCGCUACAGUAGAAUCUAGCGUUUUCAUGUUUAUAUUUUUUGUUAAAUAAAACAACAAUAGAAUCUAGCUUUUUAUAUCUAAAGUUUUAAUGACUAUAUUUAUAUAGGGCUACCAGAGCGUCUCGUGUUUGGUGAGUGAAGUGCAUCACGCUCAAUAUGAUUAGUCUUAUUAUUAUGAGUAUGAAUUGUAAAUUUUAGGUAAAAAGAUGGUUUCUUUUUGUUCUUAUUUCUACAACCGUCGGCGAAAUGGUUACUCUGAUUGUACUGGUUGGACACUGGCGAGUAUUACGGGAGGACAUUAUGAGCCCUAGACAGCAACAGAUGUGUUUGGCAUUGCACAAGAUCGCUUUGGCAGAUGGUGAUGAAGCAAACGAACAAUGUCCCGGUAGACUUAAAAAGAUGUUAGACAAAAAGAAAAAAACAAGCAUUUGCUGCGGGACUUGGAGUGAUGUGCUUGACAAACUUUCUAACAAGGUUGUCACGGAAAAAUAUAAUAGUGAUGCAAAUCCUGAAAUGAGUUCGCUGAAUCUGACGAAUUACAAAUGCAAGGAAUCCGAUAAGAAGCAGCCAAAGGCAAAUCUUGUGGACUUAUCACAUGAUAAAAAGCCAGUCCCAGUGGGGAUGUCAUCAAAGUUACUAUGGAAUACUGACCCACCGUCUUAUGCAAAUUCAGGGUUGAGGUAUUCAAAAGAUGAUGGAACAAUAUAUGUAGAAAAGACUGGUCAUUAUUACAUAUCGUCACAAUUGAAAACAAGAAUUGCGAAAGCGAAUGAUACAGAUGAAACUUUAGUAAGCAUCUUUAGACAUUACGUGCAUUUAAUCAGAAACAAAGGGACGGAGGGAGUAAUACUUGAAGAUGCGAAAUCCCAGUGUGAAAUGGCGUCAGUUGUUUCAGAAAGUACAAGCGUCCUUGGCGCUGUGUUCCACCUCGAGGACGGGGAUCGACUGUAUGUGUCUACUUCUCAUCCUCAAAAUAUUAUUUCUGACAAACACAAUAAUUACUUCAGUGUGUUUAGCCUUUUAGAUUUUAAGUGAUACAUUAUGUUUUUGACUAAAUCAGUUCUUCAUGUUCUUCAUGUGAUCUCAUCAGGUAAAUGUUACUACUGACAAUAUUCCUUAUAUACUUCGGUACAUUCACAAUUGUCAGUCAGAGAAUAGUAAAUAAAAUGUUUCAGAUACUCACGAUCGAUACAAAUAUUUUACAUACAAGUGAUUUAGUUUCAAUUACAUGGCUAAGGAAUACAUGAAAUACCUUUGCAAAUUACUUUUUUGCAUUACCAUUAUCAUUACGGUAACCAAGGUAUAAGUUUAUUCAAUUUCCAUUACACAUGUCAUAAUUUCAUUGUACAUUACAUUACACAUUACAUUCAAUCAACCGCCUCGGUAGCCUAGUGUAGCCUAGAGCGUCCGCUUUGAGUGCGGGAGGUCGUGCGUUCGAUUCCCGGGGAAAAUGGUAUUAGUUGCCUCCGCGUUUGGCGCUCAGCACUAAGAGGGUAGUGCGAGGACUGGUCACCCGGUCUCAGUGUAAUGUGACUUGGUGGGGUAUCAAAUCACUUGCCCCUCAUCGAUGUGGGUUCGAGCCUCACUAGGGGCGUUGAAUUCUUCAUGUGAGGAAGCCAUCCAGCUGGCUUACGGAAGGUCGGUGGUUCUACCCAGGUGCCCGCUCGUGAUGAAAUAAUGCACGGAGGGGCACCUGGGGUCUUCCUCCACCAUUAAAGCUGGAAAGUCGCCAUAUGACCUAUCAUGUGUCGGUGCGACGUUAAAUCCAACAACAAACAAAAAAAUGUCACGUGUCCGCUUUGAGUGGGGGAGGCCGUGGGUUCUAUGCAUGGUGAAAAUGGUACAAUAGCUUCCUCGCUUGGCGCUCAGCAUUAAGAGGUUCAAUUUUGAAUGGCCGCUGGUUGUGUGUUUCUAAUUACCUACUUUUUACUCUAAAUAACUUAAUGCACACACUAUCUACAUUUAUUUUAACAAACAUGCUUCAUUAAGAUCAGUUACAAGAUUGUUAA